GUGCGAUCAAAUAAACUCUAUUUAUUAACUAUUUAUUUAUAUUGCAAAUAAUCGUAUAUUCGUUCAUGAUCACCUUUCUCACCCUUAUCCCGUUUCUUCUCGGCAUAACAAACGCCUUCAACAUAAACUCCUACAUUACCCAGAUGUCAGCGCAUAUCCAAUUGAACAGCACCUCGUCGCCGAUAAACACAGAGUGGACGGGCAUAGGCUGGGACACAGGCUCGAUUUCAAUCCAAAAGCUCAGCGACAACCAGCUGGUCGCCCUCUUCCAGCUGCACGCGCCGACAAACGACUCUACCGUGCGCGCCGGCCGAGCCACUGAAUUCUCCACUGCCUAUUUUAUCGACGAGCCGCAGAAGCAAGGCAUGUAUCUUCAGUCCAAGAUUGACAAGGAUAAUUCGGCCUCCAGCGGGUACUCCUUAAGCAUCAAAGAAGAGGUCGCCAAGGCACUCGAGGAGGCUGCCAAGAUGGAUGACCGAGAUCCUACAACGCAGGCCGAAUCCACAUCAUCUGCAAUUGCCGCUGAGCCUGAGCCGCUGGGUGAGUUUGCUGUCCCUGCCUCUCGCAACCCUCUUGGUAGAACCAAGCCACCAGAGACGCUGGCCACUUGCGAGAUUAACAGGGACUCCCAAGGCAAGAUAAAGCCCAUAUGCAAGUUCCUCAGACAGCUCCCCAUUGUCCCCUCAUUCCCGCACCCCUUCUCUUCACUCAGACGCACUGCCGGUGGAAAUGUUAAGUUUGAGCGCGCGGGUAUUUUCAAGGACCUCGCCAUGAAGGGCAGACUGGCCAAUGUUAUAGACAUCACUGCUGCCAGGUGUGUGAGUCACGGGAGAAUGGAGGGUGACUUGGCCUCUUGCCAGAGAGAUCCCAACAACCCAGAGUUCUACGUUGCCAUUGAUGGCAUUGCACUCAAUGGGGAGGAAAAGGAAAGGGGAGAAGAUU